AUGGCCAACGAAGAAAUUUCAAAUCUUGAUGAGAUGUUGGAUUCCCUGCAGAAAAAGAUGGAUGAAAAUAGAUCAUACAACAUGAUGUCUCCGAUGGUUGGCGAACUGACGGCGCCAAAGGUCCAUGGCAUGUAUGAGGUCCCGGAUGUGCUUCUUGAACAAAACAGAGAUGCCUAUACUCCAAGCUGCGUAUCUAUUGGGCCUUUUGGCAGAUUAUGGAGUGAAGAUGUAAAGGAGAUGGAGGCGGUCAAAUUGAGGUAUAUGACUCAGCUACUUGAGCGAAAUGGAACACUUGCGGCAACACUAAGGGAAUGUACGCAAGCUAUGUUGAUGCUAGAGGGCCGUGUUUGGGGAUGCUAUUACCAAAUUGGUGUAUAUAGAGACAUUACUGCACAAAUGUUGAUGAUUGAUGGUUGUUUCAUAAUUGAACUUCUUUACAAGAAAUGGGUAGAGAUGUCUGACCCGAUUUUGCAGAACCAUUUGAAGUACCAUCAGAUCAAACGUGACCUGCUAUUGCUCGAGAACCAAAUCCCCUUCUUCGUUCUUGAAGAAUUGUUCAGGCUGACAGUGGAACGAAUCCUGGAAACUACUACUACUACUAUUGGCCGCGGAGUCACCCUCCGUAGAUUUGUCAUUUCAUUCUUUGGGGAUAUGAUGGGAGUAGAAACGAUUGAUGAAACAGAAAACUUGGAAAACAAGUCCCCUUAUCAUAUACUCCAUUUUUUACACAUUUGUUAUCUAUCUUCUUUUCAGAAGAAGGCACCCGUAUUGUACAAACACAGAGAGAAACCUAGAUUCAAAUAUAGUGCAACAAAACUGCAGAGUGUAGGAGUCAAGUUUGGGACACGGAACAGAGUAAGCUUGUUUGAUUUGAAAUUUAGUACGGAUCGUCCUUGCUUUUGUUUCUGGAGAAGAGGUCAUUUUAAAAUCCCACGUUUCUCUGUCAAUGAUUCUACUGAAUCAUUCUUACGAAACUUCAUUGCUUUCGAGCAUUGUUGUCCCGGUAUUGACAAGUAUUUCACAUCGCAUGCCGUUGCCAUGAGUAUCCUUAUGGACUCCGCAGAAGAUGUUAAAUUGCUCGAAGAAGCCGGAGUCAUACGUAACAAUUUGGGUUACAGUGAAGCGGUGUCAGAACUCUUCAAGGAUAUUACCAGCGAAGAAGCCAUUGUAAGAAAUCAAUACCUUCUUUAUAAAGAUCUGUGGAUGCAGGUGUUAGAUUUUUGCUCACCUUGGCGACUAGCGUUUGCUAAUGUGACGACACAAAUGGCAGUAGCCGCUGUCAUUAUUCUCAAUCUCAUCACACUUUUGUCCUCUGUCUACACCGUUCUUUCUUAUUACCGCAACUAG